UCUCAUUUGUACUCCACAACAUGGAUGAAAUUGUUUAAUACGAAAGUUAGAACACAACUGGACUGGCGCGUUACGGCAGGGAAACGCAUCAUGUUAUUUGAAAUUGAUUUGUUUGAGUUAUGGAGUCAAAACUCGAGUCAAAGUCGGGUUAUCAUGCGGCAAGGGAAAAUCAUAGCCACGAGAAAAAAUUCUUUAGUCGUAUUACGUCGCCUUUAUUUUACUGUUAGAACACAACUGGACUGGCGCGUUACGGCAGGGAAACGCAUCAUGUUAUUUGAAAUUGAUUUGUUUGAGUUAAGGAGUCAAAACUCGAAUCAAAGUCGGGUUGUCAUGCGGCAAGGGAAAAUUAUGGCCAGGAGAAAAAAUUCUUCAGUCACGUCGCCUUUAUUUUACUGGUGA